ACACGUGAAUUUCUCCACUGUGAGAUCAAUAAAGUCUAUCUUAUCUUAUGACUUACUUCUAAAAAACUUAGAAGCAUCCACGUCAGAUUGUAGGUGCUUUUGCGGAGCAUGUACUUUAGAGACAAGGACUUCAAGAGAACCUUGGGGUACAGAAAAGGAUCAGUCUAAAAGUUGUUAAAUGUUGAUAUACCGACCCAAUACCUCAGCUUAGUAACCGUGAUUUACUCAAUUAAAGGAUGAGAUCGGGUCCAGUAUAAGCAGGAUUGUACUUUUACAUACAAAUUUAGUAUUGUUUCUGAUUUAUUAGGGUUGAGUUUGAUGUAAUUGAUUUGACACAAAGUAUUUUUUGAAUGUACUUCAGUUAAAUAUUAUAGUUUAUUAAGGUACUGAAAGGACAUGAUUGAAAAAAAAACUGAAAUCAAGAGACAAAAAGCACAAGAUGAAAGAGUUCAUUUAAAAACGACUUUAUCACUUUUAUAAUUAAAGUUGAACUAAGAAGAAUGACCAACAUCCCAUUGCAUUCUCACGUUUCUGUCUAUUUUUCAUAAGUAAUGGAAAAUUGUGCAUGUUGCUCUGAUGUAAUUUUUCACUAGAAAGAAAAAGGGGAAAUGAAACCAACAUUUGAAGAUCUGCAGCAGAGUCAAAGUUAUCAGUAUUCAACGGCUGUUAGAAGGACAGGAAAUGAGGGGACAGGAGUUUAUUCUACUUUUUAUUCUUCAUUUUGGAGCAGGUGUGAGUACAGGAACUUUCUAUCAUACAGCCGGAGAUAAUGUUACUUUGGCUUGUAACAGUCGGUCAUCUCUAUCCCCAUGUUCCAACAUCAGCUGGCUUUACAACUCAGAUAUAAAUACAGUGGAUGUGCCCAAGGUUAAGAAUGGAAAAGUUCUAAAAGAAGCUGACCGGCUGAAAGUGGACAGUAACUGUUCUCUGAUCAUCACCAGUAUCGCUGCUGAGGACGCUGGCCUUUACAAGUGUCAGCAUGGGGGUAACAGCAGCUCUGAUGGACACGUCCUUCUAAACAUUUUGACCGUUUAUCCAUCUUCACCGUGUGGCGAUCCAACAAAGGGUGGAGCGUGUACGUUGGAAUGUUCCCUGUGGAAACACCAAUUCAUUUCAAAUGACAGUCUCCAGUGGGUGGAUGAAAGGGAAACUGUGCUGCUCACUCAGAAGUGCAGAGGACAGGAAGGCUGUAGUUCCUUACUCACUGAGAAGCAUCACAGUGAAGGCAGCAGAAGAUACACCUGCAAGUAUUUUGAGGGAAACAGCAUGAAGAUAGAAUAUAAUUCGACAUUAGUCUUAAGAGAUCCAGUUUCUGACCAACAUAUCAUCAUCAUCGUCGCGGUCAUGGUGGUGGUGGUGGUGGCCUUCCUUACUGCCAUUUUCAUUAAAAGCAGGAGGAGAACCAGAGUCCCAAAGGAUGAUACAAAGAUAACAAAUAUUCACAACCCAACCCAUCACACCCAUCAACAUGAGGAGGUCCAAUAUGAGCCGACCUAUGUCACUGUUGACCAUGCUAAGUCAAAGGCCUGUCAUACGAAAAAGGUCAAAGUGGACGUAGAACCUGUGACCUAUUCUGCUGUCAGGAUUAAAGAGGACGUUGAUCCCAACACACUCUACAGCUCCAUCACUGGAUCACGAUAAACUAAAUCAGGAAACAAACUAUUUUAUAACAUCCACUUCUUUAUUGAACCUGCUAAAAGGAAGUGGGCUGUUUAGCUUUACUCGUAUUAGAGGUGGAAAGGCUUUUAAAUUUGCCAUCUCAUUUCCUGUGCUUUUUGCAUUCUGCUGAAACCUCUUUAUAAACUGAAAAACAGAAUUCAUGUCCAUCUGCAUGAGUCAGAUAAACUUUUUGGGGUUGGCCAAAUUCAGCUACGCAAAGCAUUAAAUUUAUAAAAUAUUCCUUAAGAAGGGAAGUCGUUUCGAUUAUGUUAAAAGCAUAUUUGACUGCUUUGUCAGCUAUCAGGUCAUUAUUGAUCCCUUGACAAUAUUAUUCCUCAAGGUAAAAAAUAAUAUUGCAUAUAUUCUUGUUUCCUUUUGAUGUUAUAAAAUCUGUAAAU